CAGCUGCAACUGUGAUAUUUCGGUCUGUCGGCGCGGUGGGGUGGUACCACUGCGGGUCGAUGCGUGGUGCGCGCGACGACGCGUGCGCGGUACUGCAUUCACUACGCCACAAACACAACGAUAAUGCCAAGAUGCCGCCGCUGCCAGGGGACGUCCAGUGGUUUCCAGCAGAAAUCAGAAGACUUAUCUGCGCCAUCAAGAAACACGAUGGUCUCUACAAUCCGAGGACUGAAUACUUCGGGCUGCGCGACUACCAGACGCGCACGUGGAAGUCGGUGGCGGAGGAGGUCGGCGGCGGCAAAACAGACACACAAUGUCGGGACAAAUGGAACUGUCUAAGAGGAACGUACCGAAGACACGUGAGGACUGAGGCGACCAAUACAGUAAAGCGUCGUAGUGGCUGGCCAUGGGCCGACAUGAUGGGCUUCAUCAAACCUUUCGUCUCGGAAGCUGGUGACAUACCUCCAGCUGCAGAUACCAACAAGAGCACCACUCCUCCUACCUCCAAGCCAGCAGUUACUCAAACCGUAGUCCUGACUAAGCCAACAGUCAACAUGGUCAGACCUGGGCUGACUCUGGCUCACAAGAGCAACUGUCCGAUGACUGUGAAAGCAGGAGGGACUCUCACAUUAGCCAGCAACAUGUUCCCUGGAGGCUUCAUCUUCAACAACGGCAUCAGAGUCGUCCAACCAAACCAAGGCAACAUGAUAGGCGUCGUGCAACCCAACCAACUCAAUCUAGUCCAAUCACCGCAGGGGGUGAUGAAAUUCGUUCAAGCCAAUACAGGAGUCGGAAUAGUCCAACCCACCCAAAAGUCCAUCGAAAAGGAAAAACCAGCCAAGACAAAAUCGAGUUUUGAGUCAGACGUUGAUCUCAAAAGGGUCAAGCAUGAUCCUGACAAUGAACCAAAGACGACAGAGUUUGUCGAUAUGGAAGUCGCAAUCAAGACUGAACCUUUGGAAGAAGAGGAAUUACAGUUACCUGAUACUUAUUCCUACCUACCUGAGGACUCUCAGGAAAAUAGUCAAGACGCUAGUAGAGAUAAUAGUCAAGAUGCCAUCUCUAGUAGAGAAUCCAACGGAAGAUCUCCUGAUAAAAACUUGCCAGAGAGUCAAGAAGAUAUUGACUCGAACGAACUCUUCAUGAAGAGUACGAUAUGUCACAUGCGGAAACUUUCUGCGUACGACCAAAGUGUCUUCAAGCUCAAAGUUCAACAAUUGUUGCACGACAUGAUGUUUCCCAAGCCAUAGAUUAUGCAAAUGUUUCUAGUCAUUGAAACUAUACCAAAUGUUUUACCAAACUAAGCGUUCUAAGAGUUUAUUUUAUUUUCAAAGUGUAUAUUGAGUUUAUUUUGUUUUCAAAGUGUGUUUUGAGUUUAUUUUGUUUGAAGAGUGUAUUUUGAAUUGUAAUACAACUUGUUAUAGAAAAUA